CUUAUUCUACAUUAUAAUGUAGAAGUGUUCUUGGGAUACUUUUAGUAUAAUAUAGACGGCACAUUCGAAGACUCAAAAUGAGGUUCGCAAUGACUCUAUUGCUGGUGGGCGUGACAUUGGCGGUGACUUGGGCGGAGUCGAGUGAGAGUGACAGCAGCUGGGAGUAUUCAUUUGAAAGUGACGAGGGUCUGUGGGCGGAAAGUGACCAGAGUGCGAGCCUGGAGAAGGUCGAUCAUUUGUGCCUGUUAAAAGAAAUCACUAAUUUGAUCGGCUGUUUCAAGAAUGGUAUAAGCAUAAGUACUGUAAAGUGCGUGAUCGAAACGGUACCUGCAAUAGUGAAGUGUUUCUCAAAUGCAAGAAUAGCCUUGGAUUAUUAUGACGAUUUGUGGUCUUGGGCUGCGUCUUACGAGUCGCAGUGGCCGUACUACCUCGAGGACCUGUGGGCUCGGGACGAUAUUCCUCGAUCAUACAGCAAAUCGCCAUAAUUUAAUUAAUCAUCCAGUAGUUUAUCAUCAAUGAAAACUUAACGGGUGUUUGUACUUAAAUAAAAUGA